CAGGAGGCGUGCUUAUCCCUUCCACCGUAGCCCAGCGGGAGCAACGGAGCAGCGGCUAUUACCGAGCUUUGGACCCCGGGAAUCAGAGCUUAUUUUGGGGCGCACUUCCUACAUUCCUAAGCGAUGGCAUUUAUGGAUCGAUAAUUGCGAACGCGUUGAGGUGAUGCAGUCUCUGUUUGGCGGAGGGGAGAUGGGGCUGCUGGGAGGAGGCGGCGACGCAGGAGGCCUGAAGGAGGACGGCUGCGGCAGCGUGGUGUGGCACUCCUCCCCCCUCCCCCCCGACGAUGUCUACUCCGCCUCCCACUUCGCCCUUAUCGCCGCCUAUCAGGACAUCAAGACCAGGCUGGUGUGCCUGGAGCGUGAGAACACCAGCAUCAAGAGGAAGCUCAAAAUCUAUGAGAUCAAGACUAAAGGUCUCCAGUACCGACAAGGAUAA